AUGGUCUACAGUCUAGUGUUUCUGGUGGGUUUACUCCUCAAUGGCUUCAUCAUAAAGUUUUACUGUUGCCAAGCUCAGCAGCAGGCAUCGAGGAGCUUGAUGGUCUACCUGAAGAACCUGACAGCUGCUGACUUCCUGCUGUGCGUCUCUUUGCCAAUGCGUGUCACUGACUAUGCCAGCAGGUCUGUUACCUUUCGGGAACUCUACUGCAGCUUUGGAGCUACUUCCCUGUACCUCAACAUGUACGCCAGCAUCAUAUUCAUGGGGUACAUCGCUGCUGACAGGUAUCUGACAAUCAUCCAUCCUUCAGGAACUCACAUCCUGCAGUCAGUACGAACUGCCCACAUCGUCUCCACGGUCACCUGGGUUUUUCUCCUGGCUCCAACAAUCACCUACAACAUUAUGUUUUUCAUUACUCACAAACCCCUGACCUCUGACCCUGGCUACUGUGGGCCCCUGUUCAGUACGUCAUUCAGCAUCCUUCAUAAAACAUUUCAAAUCAGCUGCACCAUCAUCUUCCUCUUAGUCUUCAUAUCCCUGGUCUUCUUCUACAACAGCACCUCCCGCAAGGUGUUGCAGGCACAGCAGAGGCAGCUGGCCUCCUUCAGCACUGACAAGCUGGUGAAGUCUCGCAGGAACAUGUUGGUGCUGGUCAGCAUCUUCUGUCUUUGUUUUGUUCCCUACCACCUGGCUCGUCUUCCCUAUACCUUUUUGUGGACCAGCUGCUCUGUGGGUCAGCUAUUGUACCACUUGAAGGAAGUGACCACUAUCUUAUCAGUUUUAAAUGUUUGUCUGGACCCUCUUGUUUACUUUUUCCUCUGUAAGACUUUUCGAGCUCAGGUGAACUUUAGCAUGGGGUCAAGAAUGACAACACAAGCAACCCAGGAGAGUGAGAGCAGCAGGAAAGAAGUGGAAAUUGUAGAGUUAAAUCCAUGA